AUGGCGUUUAUCUUACAGUCGUCGUCGACUUCGAGCUCCUCUUCUUCGUCUUCAGGCAAACUCUGGGCAACCGAUCCGUCUUCGUCUUCGUCGUCCACAUCAGUCGUCUCGCAAUUAGCGCUGUUGUGGUGGUUGUUGUGGUUGUUGUCGGCGAUGUCAUCGAUGUGUUUGUGUGCCAUGUCUUGGCGUGAAUCGCUGACAAACUUUAUCGGUUCCCUUAUUGUGACCUCAUUUGAUGGCGAGAUAUCGCUCACAUUUUUGGAUUUGACGGUUACCUUCGCACCGGACGGUAGCGUUGGGCUCCUGUUCCUUAUCGGCAGUCCUGAGUAUUUUAAGCCAAUCUCCCGACUCCUCUUUGAGGCGAACCGUAACCGUCGAGUCGUUGUUCGCAUUUUGUCGGCCGUUUGCGAUCGACUACCGGCGCCCACUAUCUCAGCCCUGAACGGACCGAAAGUUGUGUUUUUGUCCAAAACAUCCGAUGUCAACGGCGUUAAUGUCAGCACAUCUUCGGGUAAAUGUAAGAGCUCUGCCGUUUCGGACAUACAUUCAGAGGGAGAGCCUGUUUGGAGAUAA